AUGCCCAGCAGCUUUGCAGCACAGCAGCAGGGGAGCCGCAAUCCACACCAGAACCCAGUAAGGUCGCACAAGGGAGGUUAUCUGCGUUGCCCAUUCAACAUUAGCCCCAGCUAUGCGGAGCUUGCCGAGAUGCGAGUGCGCGAGGAUCUGGCGUGCGGCGGCAGCAGAACUGCCGUGGCAGACAGGGACGGGAUGAUGGCGUCUUUAUCCACAGGACCGCAGGUGAACGGCGACGGCAUUGAUGGCGACUUCGGUGGUCGUCCGUGGUGUCGUGCUGGUGUGGGGGCAAGCCGUUUGUCUGGAAAAGAGAAGCGAAUCCAGCAAGAGCAGGCUGAGCUCAUCUACGGCCGCGGUGCCCUGGCUUCGGAUGAUGGCAUCGGGGAGGCUACCGGGACGGUAUCCGUGGGGAGCGGCCGAUCUCGGGAGAAUAUGUUUGCCGUCGAUGUGCGCGACCAAGCGGCGUUGCAGCAGGUUGUGCCGCGCGCAGUGCGCGAGAAGGUGAAGCGGCGCAAGUUCGAGAAUCUCAAGAAGGAGUGUCUCCCUCCUGACCAUUACCACCGUCACGACUGUGCUCCGAUGCCCACGAAUCGCGCAGCCGGUAGCGAGGUGAGAGAAGAGGAUGAUGUGGGACUUGACUCUGAAGAUCAUACUAAGGCGCCUCUCCACAAGCGCACGCUUCUCUCCCCAGCAGCAGCUCGCUCCCCCCGAAACGAUACAUCGCGUUUGUCUCACUCUGCAGGCAGUGAAGCCCAUCCUAGCAGCAGCAGCAAUGGUGCCAGUGCUGGCGCCGAACGGUCGCCACGGAGCGGGCCGUCCGGUGCGUCAGUUCAGCGUGCGCCUCUCCAGGCACCCACCCCAGCUCCCGCCUCGACAACACCGAGAUGCCCGAAGAACCGCAUGCAGAUGUUGGACGACUUGCGGGUAUCUGCGCUCGUGGGAAAGCGGCGCCGCCGAUAG